GGAAAGAGUGACGCCGACGAUGGGUGGAGGCAGGCGCCCUGAAAAGUAACAGAAAGUGAAGACGCUGAGCAAAGGGGCUUCCGGAGAAUCGAGGCAGCGGCACAGCAGAAGGAUGGGCCUUAAAGUGAAAUGUUUGGCGGUUGCGCUGUUGGCCCCUGCGCAGCUGCUGCUCACCUUGCCGAUGAUGGAGAGGAACCACUUGUCCGCCCAACAUGGCAAAGAGUGCAAGAUGUGCCCUGCAGGUCAGUACCGGAAAUCUCGCGAGGGGUGCGUUCCGUGUCCCGCUGGGAGCUACACUACCGAUUGGAACUGUGAAGACUGCUGCCACCGUUGCUUCGGCGACUGCAGGCCUGAAUUCAAUCUGAGGGUGCUUGCGAACUGCAGCAGCACGUCGAACCUCAAGUGCGCAUGCCAGGAUGGCUUCCGCUGCACCGCUGUGGUCGCCCUUACCGACAACUGCAAAAACUGUGUCGCAACCACAACGGCAACAUCGAAGGCGACGACAAAAACAACAGCAGCGCCAGAUGAAGAUGAACAGACUCCCUCCUCUUCCUCCUCCUCUUCAGGAGACAGCAGCCGCUCCGCCAGAUUGUGUUCAUUUCUCGAAUGUGACGUUGAUCCGAGAAACAGCUCACACACGGACAAAGAGGUGAGUCCAGGCCCUGGGCUGCUGGCCUUCACCGUCCCCAUGGUCGUCGUGGUAACCGCUGUCCUCGCGGUCCUGCACUGCAUCUGUCGCUCUGGAGAGGAAACCUGCUUGAAGCGAGCCGUGGUGAGGUUACGGAACAAGGAUGGUCCAAAUGCUGCAGGCAAGGCAAAGGAGUCGACUCAGCAUUUACCCAUUGAUCCUUGGGGUGCUGUGCACGUCCACAAUGCGGGGACGGUCAUCAUCAGCUGGCUCAGUCAGUUUACUGGCCAAGUGGGACCCGUCACGGAAGCUAGGCGGGCCACGGAAGAUAAGAAUGAUGACGAGGGGACCGAAGGCAGCGACCGAAUCUCACUUGGUGUCCCCCUCUCUGAGGAGGAGAGGAGUGAUGAGGCGGUCUUCUUGCCCUCUCAGGAGGAAGGUAAAGACUGGCACGUGUCCAAAGAGGAAGCAGAAGCCUGAAGGUGAAGGAUGGAGAACGCCUCAUUGGAGCAGGAGGGACAUUUCUUCUGUAAGUUUAGCAAACACUGAGAAGGGCCACUAUCUGAUAGGAAGGAAGGAAGGAAGGAGUAGGAGGGUGCAAUGAAUUUAAUGCACCCUUUAGAAUUCAGAGCAAUUAUGA